CGACGUUCAAGGGAACAUUUGUUCUGGAUGGCGAAGCUGUACCGUCACGUCGGCAGGGUGUAGGUCGUAACAUUUUGUUCUUCUCAUUAAAUCGGAUUUAAAGUCGAGCCGAGGGUUUUUCUUUUUCAACCGUGCGCGUAAGAGAACCACCAACGGCUGCAAUUAAAUCUUCGCACACCGCAAAUCUGAAGCUUAAUAACGAAUUGGAAGUGUUUUAGUGUGGAAGAAAGAGGGCUCGUUGCAUUCGUCUGCGGAUCCGUGUACGAGUCUGGGCAGCAUUAUCAAGAUCACAGCUGCAGGCCAUUUACUGAUGGGUACAUACUGCGAGGCAACACACCAAGAGAGCUGCAAAUUAUUUGCGAGAGACGGGAACUGUGAAAGAAUGAAGACAAGCUAGAGACUGUUUUCACUGUAAAAUCAUAAAUUGUAGCUUUGUUGGAAGAACAGCCAUUUCAACCAGCAAAUGAGUAGCUGGACUAAAGUUACUCAGAAAAAAACCCCUUGAAAAAUAACAAGACUGGUUCAGACUCAUCUUUACAAGUGAACAUUAAACACACAAACAUGAGUGCUGAAGGGUAUCAGUACAGAGCACUUUAUGAUUAUAAAAAAGAGAGGGAGGAGGACAUUGAUCUGCAUGUUGGGGAUAUAUUGUUGGUAAGCAAAGGAGAGCUGGUGGCUCUUGGGGUCACCGAUGGCCUGGAACAGCGGCCGGAUGAGAUUGGCUGGUUGCCAGGCUUUAACGAGACCACUCAGGAAAAAGGGGACUUUCCUGGGACCUAUGUAGAGUACAUUGGGAAGAAAUGGAUCUCUCCCCCUACACCCAAGCCAAGACCCCUGAGACCCUUACCUGUAGCGCCAGCCUCUUCCUUCAAGUCAGAGAUGGACUCGGACUCAGAACAAGGUUUCUGCUUGCCCGACUUGACGGAGCAGUUUUCCCUUCCAGAGAUUGCUCCACCCAUUCUGACCAAACUGCUGGAAGCAAUUGAGAGGAAAGGUCUGGAUAACCCCACAUUAUAUAGAACAUUUACUGCUGGUGCUGGACUUGAAGUCAGGCAGUAUUUUGAUUGUGACCCUCCAUCUGCAGACUUGGAUCACCUGGAGCUUCCAGUCCUGUGUGACGGUCUGCGUAGGUACUUACAGGAUCUUCCCCAACCCAUCAUCCCCACUGCAAUAUAUGCUCAGAUGGUUCACAGUGCUAAAGAGGCGGUGAAUCCUGAGGAAUGUGCCCUACUACUACGUCGCAUUGCCAGCACCCCAGGCCUGCCUCCCCAGUACUGGCUGACUCUCCACUGUCUGCUAAGACAUUUUGCUAGAGUGUGCCAAAACGGUUCCAAGAACCUGCUCAGUGCCAGAUCGCUGGGCGAGAUCUUCAGCCCUGUGUUUUUCAGACAACAGGCCACCAGUUGUGAACCCAGUCUGGAUGCUCACAUCAAGAUCAUUGAGAUUCUGGUGACCAGUGAGUGGAGUGACAGUCAAGCUGCACCAGCUCUACCUCCAAAGCCACCCAAGCCCACAUCUGUGAUUAACAACGGUAUGAACAACAACAUGGCGCUACAAGAUGCUGAAUGGUACUGGGGAGACAUCUCAAGGGAGGAGGUCAAUGAGAAACUGAGGGACACUGCAGAUGGUACGUUUUUGGUGCGGGACGCCUCUACAAAAAUGCACGGAGACUACACUCUGACUUUGAGGAAAGGAGGAAACAACAAGCUUAUCAAGAUAUUCCAUCGAGAUGGCAAAUAUGGCUUCUCUGAUCCACUAACCUUCAACUCAGUCGUCGAGCUCAUCAACCACUAUCGCAACGAGUCCCUGGCUCAGUACAACCCCAAGCUAGACGUCAAGCUGCUGUACCCCGUGUCUAAACACCAGCAGGAUCAAGUGGUAAAAGAGGACAACAUCGAAGCUGUGGGCAGGAAGCUCUGCGAGUACCACCAGCAAUACCAAGAAAAGAACAAAGAGUACGACCGUCUCUAUGAAGAGUACACCAGAACAUCACAAGAAAUCCAAAUGAAAAGGACGGCGAUAGAGGCUUUCAAUGAAACUAUCAAAAUAUUUGAGGAGCAAUGCCAAACACAAGAGCGCUACAGCAAGGAGUAUAUUGAGAAAUUCAGGAGAGAAGGCAAUGAAAAGGAGAUUCAGAGGAUCAUGGGAAAUUACGAGAAGUUGAAAUCGAGGAUUAGUGAAAUAGUAGACAGCAAGCGCAGGCUGGAAGAAGACUUGAAGAAACAGGCAGCAGACUACAGGGAGAUCGACAAGAGGAUGAACAGCAUCAAGCCUGACCUCAUCCAGCUCCGCAAGACCAGAGACCAGUAUCUGAUGUGGUUGACCCAGAAGGGAGUCAGGCAGAAAAAACUCAACGAGUGGCUGGGAAUCAAGAACGAGAACACAGAAGAUCAAUAUUCUAUGGUCGACGAUGAUGAAGACCUUCCUCAUCAUGAUGAGCGGACCUGGAAGCUGGGCAACAUCAAUCGAUUACAGGCGGAGGCGAUCCUCCAAGGCAAGAGAGACGGAACAUUCCUGGUUCGAGACAGCAGCAAAGCGGGGUGCUACGCCUGCAGUGUUGUUGUGGACGGCGAGGUGAAACACUGCGUCAUCAACAAGACCCCCACAGGGUACGGCUUCGCUGAACCUUAUAACCUGUACAACUCAUUAAAAGAACUCGUUCUUCACUACCAGCACACGUCUUUGGUCCAGCACAAUGACUCUCUGAAUGUGACACUAGCGUACCCUGUGUACGCUCAACAGAGACGAUGAGGACCCGGACGUAUCCAUAUUGACAAUUAAGGCCCCAUGGAAGUUGGAGACAUGUUUCGACCACCAUGAUUAAGGCUCCGAUGACCGGACUCGGACUUAAAAUUGGAGGAAAAGACAAAAAGCCUGAAACAUUUCAGUGACUUUGCCUAAACCAUGAGCCUGAGGCGAGUCUGAAUGUAGAUUUUUCCCUUUUUGCUUUUUGUGGGAGCACAGAAUUGAGCGAACACUGCUGAACUCACCCAGCGGAGGACAUUUGAGGCCUUCUCCUUAUGGUGCUUGUUUUUGUUUUGUUUUUUUCCCCCUCUUCCCAAAAGCUUUACCAGCUGGAUUAUCAAAUCGCAACAGAACUCACCGGCUACAAAUUUCGUUUUUCUUUUUUUCCCCUUCUUCCCCUGUUGUGUGUGUCUGUGUGCGUGUGUGUGUGUGUGCGAGAGACUGUCCAUGUGACCAAAUCUCAUAGAAUCAGGAAACUGUGUGAUAUUGGAGGGCUGUGUAACACUUUGCUUGUGUUAACUGUUCAGUAGCAGACCAUGGAUCAGCUGACAAAUGUAGCAAAAUGGCACUUUUUAAAAAAACAAAGUUUAAUUUUUUUUGAAAAAAAAAAGAAACUCCUAUGGACUUUUAUUAGAAGAGCAGAGAGGACAAGUAUCCACAUUCUGCCUUCUCACUGAUGAGCAUUACAGUGCAUACGUAAACUUGAUUUGAACUGUGGGCAGGGAGAAACUAUGAAUGGACUAUUCUUUCAUGUACAUAUGUGAAAAUGUGCAGUCAUGACUCAUACCAAAAAGGAUCUGUUCCUCUUUAGUUGUAUCCUGAUCUGCUAUGCAAACCUUUCUCCAUUUUUAUUUCAGAAUUGUUUUAUUCUGUUGCAAACCCACAAUAUAAGCUUGUUUUAGUGCUUGAAAAGUAUUUUUGUCAAAAUGCCAAGAUACAGUUUAAAAAAAUGCUUAUGAUUUUUAAAGAUGAUAGAAACAUACUUUAUUAUAAAUUACUUUAACAACUGGUAUACAGAUGAAAGUUUUGUUUUUUUUGCUUCAAACUAAUGUUUUCUUCUCAGGCAGAGCCUUUUGAGUAUUUGAGCUGCUUUAGUCACAAGUACUAUUUCCGACAGAGCUAAGCCUACAUGCAGUUCUUUGUUAAAACGGACAAAGAAAGUCAGGCUGAUGGGAUUGUACGACCCUUAUCUACCAUCACAGGAACAACAGUAUAGAUUUAUUUUGUUAUAAAAUAUAUUUGUUCCCAUAUGAGAAUAUAUCAAAGCAGACUGGUGUUUUCAACUGGUGGAUAUUGCUAUUAAAGAUCAAUAUGCAUUGUACACUUACUAUUUUUUCUGUAUCAGAAAAUCACUGUGUUUACAUGGGUGGAUCGGCUCAUUUCAGAUGGUAACAUGAGAUUUCAAAACCCCUAAAAGAAGGAAAAAGAGCUGCGUGCUCCAUUCCCACACCCUAAAUUUAGCUUUUACAAGUCUACGAUACAAGUGUGUCAGACCACAUAAACUAUGACGUGAAAAAUCACAAACUGUAUUACUCACAAUAUAUUUUGUAACCCUUCAACGUGUCAUCACAGCUGUCAGGUGAACCUGUUGAACGUAUCUGUAGAAAACUAGUUGUGGAGACAUUAACAGAAUCUGAUUUUGAUAGUUUCCCAUUUUUUGUUGGCAUGACAGGUUACUUUUUAUUUCCAUCUUGGACACAACUUGUUCUCUUGGGAACAGUCUACAUGUACAAACCACAGAGGAAAACUUAGUUUUAAUUCACAAUUUUCGUUAUUUACACACAGACUAGUUUAACACAUUUGACCAAAUUACUCAUUCACAACUUUAAAUGUAACACAUUUAUAGGAAUUGUCUUUUUCCUUUUUUCUUCCCCUCCCUUACUCCAAAGCUGUUAACAGGUGUCUCAUAUUUGACAUUUACAUCCUCAGCAGCUGCUGGCAUGAACAUUUUUGAUUCCCUUUGUCAAUUUUUCUUAAGUUUGUUGACAACAUGCACCAUUAUUUCUUUACCCCAUUUCUGGGUAGUAUUGUUUUAUUGUUGUCCCUUUUAUUUGAAGCUCCUCUUUGUUGUUGGCGUCCCAAAAACGAUUGGAAUGAGAUUGCCAGUGUUCCCCAGUUUUGCUUUGAAUCUGUAUUGGGCUUUGUUAAAAAUGAAAUAAAACUCUUCUUUUUAUGAAA